AGAAAAUGAACGCGUUUGAAAAAACAUGAGAAAAAUAAAUAGAUAAUAUUAUAUUUAUAUAAAGAUAAGAUAUCUAUAAAAAAGGAAGAAGGAAAACACAAACUAAUAUAGAAAAAUAAUAAACCUGUCGUGUAUAAUUGUUUCGUUUUUGUGCAGAGAUAAAGGUGAAACGGAAACAGUGAUAAUAAGUGCAUCCUUCUGAUAGAUAUCUGUAAAAUAACGAAAAAUGAUGAACGAAAAGAUGAUGGAUGCGCGAAGACGCGAAAGAGAAUUAAUUGGAUUACGUGGAGUACCUGAGGCUUGGAGCAAAUCUCCUAUUCAUAUCGAACAUAGUUCAGACGAAGAAUCUGAAGAUCUGAUCAAACAGAAGGAUAAUAUUAUACCAAAGGAUCGCAAGAGAAAAAAACAUGAUACUAAAAAAAAGAAGAGUAAAAAAUUGAAAAAGGAAAAGAAAGCAAAAAAGGAAAGAAAGAGGGAACGAAAGGCAAAGAAGGAGGCAAAGAGGGAAAGGAGGAAAAGAAAGAAAGCAAAGAAAGACACAGAUAGCAGUAGUUCCGACGAUAGCAGCAGUAACAGCAGUGACGAGGAGGUCUGGGUAGAGAAGACCGCCGUCACGGAUAAGCCGAGAUCGAAAGGUUCAAGUUCGGACGACAGUGGCGGAGAUGAUGGUACGAUAGGACCCGCUCCAAAACCACAUGUGACUCUCUCGGCUAAGGAUUUCGGUAAGGCUCUGCUACCAGGUGAGGGUGCGGCAAUGGCAGCUUACGUAGCAGAAGGAAAACGUAUACCCAGAAGAGGUGAGAUUGGCCUCACGUCGGAGGAAAUCGCUUCGUAUGAAUCUGUUGGUUAUGUAAUGAGCGGCAGCAGGCAUCGUCGCAUGGAAGCAGUUCGUAUACGUAAGGAGAAUCAGAUCUACUCUGCGGAUGAGAAGCGUGCCUUGGCAAUGUUCAGUAAAGAGGAACGACAAAAGAGGGAAAAUCUUAUACUAGGACAAUUUAGAGAAAUGAUUAACCAGAAGAAAUUGGCACAGGAGAAAAAUUAAGUAAAGACUUUAAUGUAUAUGUAGAAUGCAAAUUCUCUUGUAUAAAUUUUUGUAUAAUGCUAAGUCUUUGUAUAUUAAAUAAAAACAAUAUAUAGAAAAUUAUA